UAGUCGGGGAGUUAGGGAACGGGGGGGUUCUUUUCCCCUCUCUCUACCAGGAGAUCCUGUCGAAUCUCGAUGGAGUCGAUUGCGAAAUACCGAGGAUAUUCCUAGUCUCGGACAUAAGAGGCGGCAUAUUUAGUUUUGAGUACAAGCUCCCUGUUUUGCCCCAGAUUGUCAUUAUCCCACAUCCGAUCUAUCCAUUCUCGGCCGUCAGACAAAAGACCAGGGGUAUCAUAUCAUUAUCUACUACUAUCUACACUUGCAAAACAAAAUCGUCGAAAUGGUUCCACCCAGAAAGACGCUUACUGUGCCUCACUUGGGAGGGACCAGUGUAGGCUAUCGGCUCUCUUCAGCUGUUCCUUCUAAGCCUACACUGGUGCUUGUAAUCCCAUUUACCACGACGGUCGACUACUACAUUCCCGAGUUUGAGAACGCCGAGCUUACAUCCAAGUUGAACUUGCUUGCUGUUGAGCCUCUUGGACAUGGCGAAACCCGGACGAAGAGUGAGACCUUCACUUACUGGGACACGGCCCAUGUGAUUCUCCAGCUGCUGAAUGCGCUUGGAAUCGAAAAGGCUUUUGCCUUGGGUACAUCCCAGGGUGGUUGGAUUGCCGCUCGAAUGGCCCUUUUGGCACCCGAAAAGAUCCAAGGGAUCAUCCUCGUUGGCACGAGCAUGGAUGGCGAAACACCCCGGACCCGCGACUUGGGAUGCUGGGACGGCGCCGCUGCCACAUCUGGCCUGGUCACAUUGGGCGGGAACCUCGCUCCUGCGCAUGACUUUGAACCUGGCGAUGCGUACUACGACUUCCUCAUGGAAAUCGGCUAUGGCAAGACGGUUCCUCGCCAGACCAGAGACUUCUGGGCCGAGACGAUCAAGAAGAUCUACCAGGGCGACGACGGCAAGAGGAGAAUCUGCCAGGCUGCGACUAACCUUGCGACGAGGGAUAGUCUGCAUGCACGGUUGCCGUAUAUCAGAUGUCCUGUGCUUUGGCUGCAGGGCACCGGCGACGUUGUCUUCAGCGCCGCGAACGCGCAGGAAGAAAUCAAGCUAUUUACGAACUCGAAAGAAGCGAAGCUCAUCACGUUGAAAGACGGUGUUCACUUCCUCAGCUACACGCAUGGGAAGGAAUUGCAUCAGAACAUCCUUGACUUUACUAGCAAGUGGCAGGGUGCGGAUCCAGCGAAGCUGUAAAUGAUUGAUUUUGAGAAAAACUUCAACUAGGUAGUCAGCAUUUCCAGUGCGACUUUGUGUGGAUAGGACAGUGAUUAUUAUUAUUAUUGAUAUCCCCCACGGUACUACUACUAUGCAGUGAUGAAUGAAAUAAAUUUUUUUUUCAGUGAA